AUGUUUCUCGAGAUGGAUCGGCGGGCGGAGAGGUUUUUGGAAAGCGUGUUUCACAACUUCAAGACCGCUAGUACAGAAGAAACAAGUAGUAGAGGCGCCCCAGCAGCUGCACCGGGACCAGCCGCAAGCGCAGUGAGCCAUCCCACAAUGGAUGCAGCCAACAAGAUUACUGUGCUGAUUCAGUCUCUGAUGGAGAGCUUCUGGCCAGUUUUCGGGGUUUUGAACUUCGCUCCCUGGAACGCGGCCUCGCUUUCGAAAACCGCAAACGCACACUGGUUACGGAAAUUCUGCGCGUCAACUUGCGUCAAAGCACUCUCCCCAUUGCAACACGAGGUGGAUGCUCUCGAGGCGCAGCCCUGGGCGCGAGUUCUGGACCCCGGGUAUCGGCUCCCGGAGAAAAUUAUGCGUGCGAUUAAGAAAACGGUGGAUAAUUUGCGGAAACUGUCCCACGAUCUCAAGGAACAAGAGCAACCUGCUCGCUGGUCGCCGUUUUCUUCUGACAAAAACCCUUUUGAAUUUUUCAGCUGGUUCACCCCCUCAGGAGGUCGUGCUUCUGUGUCCUCAGUUGGUGAAGACCAUGCUACUCCUGAUGCGCACAGACACGGCCCUCCAUCAGCAGUCGUUACCGCGAACAAGAUGACAAAGUUGCACCUCCUCCACCUGCUUGCCAGAAUCGAAUUUCUGCUCUUCUUCAAGGGGCCCUGCCCGACAUAUGGGCAUUUGGUGCCGGCAGAGGGCUUUAUCCACCCGUCCAAGUCCGCAGACCCCAACGCCGAGUUUCUGCUAUGCAUCCCGCAGAUCGACGCGAGUCCGUCCAUGGUGGGGCACCACUGGGUUCAUCUAGCGUCGUGGCCGGACAACAGAGCAUUGUAUGCGCUCGCGGAAAAACACCGGUUUCAAGAAUACGGUGAAAAUAACAGCAGCUGGAUCGGAGAGCAAAAACAAAAAACCUUACCUGACCUAGACAAGUUUCUCGAGCAGAGCAUGCACAGACACCAGAGGCAACGAGCAUUGCGGAUGACUACAAACUCUCGCUCUCGAGCAGCAGGUGAGACCACGAGUCCUCUUCUGCAGAAAUGCAGCGCAGCCGCUCCGGCAGGAUCAGAAUCACAAGAAUUACGCACGUCAGAUGAAGCGGACGAACUGAUUGACUACAUCAUCGACGUCGGCGCCAACAUCGGGUCUGUCGCCCUCUAUUUCGCUGCCCGGGGCUACCACGUGAUCGCCGUUGAGCCGCUUCCCUCAAACGUGGCUUAUCUAAAGGCCAGCCUGGCGGCAAACCGACUGGAGGACCGCGUGAAAGUCGUGCAGGCGGCGUUGUCAUCUUCGAAUGCUUCAGGUGGAGCUGUAACAAGACAAGGCGGCACAACUAGAGAAAAAAUGUCUUCCAAGGAAGAUGAAGAUGAUCCACCUUUUGUUUUCCUCGAAGACCCCAAGGACCCGGGUAUCGGCGUACUGGUGGACAAAGCCUUGCACGAAAAAUUCCUUACCAACGUCACUUACGACGCGCAGCAGGAUGUUUACCGCAGGGUCAAGCGGUGGACGGUUGAGGACUUGGAUCAAGCAGUGUUCGGUGGGAAGCCUCUGUCGCGGGAAGAAGCCGAAAAGGUGGUGGCCGAGUUUGACAGCGGUGAGCGAGAAUCACUGAACCCGUUUCAACGACCCCUCAAGGUGCAUAGCUUGUUGCUCGCAGGAGAAGCAGAUGAAAGGGGGACCUCCGCCGUCUCUGAGGGCAACCACACCGCUGGAGAAGCACCCUCUGGUGCAGCAGCUUCGAGCCGUAAUCGAACUACCUCAUCUCUAGCCGUGCGUCGUCUGGACGAGGUGGUAGAAACGGUGCUGGCUGAAGAUGAGAGGACCAGAAAAGCCGAGAAAUUGUGCGCAACAGCUGCAGCUCCAGCUGAUGGUCAUGGUGAUAAUUCAACAGCAGCAGAAGGAGCAGGAGCACAUAGUGGAGUUGCACAUGAUCGUGUAGAUCAAGGUUUAAUACGACAGCCUGCUGACCGUCACAGGCCGCCGAUCUUCCGCCUGCUAAAAAUCGACACAGAAGGCCACGACACCGAGGUCCUGGAAGGGGCGAGAAAGUUUCUUGCGAAAAACAAGCCGGUCCUUUUCGUCGAGCACAAUGUUCUGAAUGCGCAAGUGAAGCGCCAGCGGGACCCGGGAGUCCAGACAGAUCGCUUUUUUCAAGCGCUCAGUGCGGUCUCAGGAAGAUCCGCUGAAGAUGAUGAUGGUGCCUUACGGCGCGAGGCGGUGAGGGAGGAAGGGAAAGUUGGUGUCGAAGUUGCCAUGCAAAAGCAAGAUCAUGUUGCGAAUGCGAUAGAAGACUUCGGAAUUUACGAGGAGAUGUUUGACAACACGGUGGGACAGAAUUCUGAACACGUCGUCAUGAGUCCAGAUGGACAAUCCUUCACACGGAUUUCCACGUUUGACAAGCUCAUGCUAGAGACGCCUCAGAAGUUGCCGUCCAGAAGUUUGAGCAUUGCAACCGCAGCUGAUACAGAAGAACCGGCACAGACAGGAGGGGCAAAUCCGCAGCACAACAAACAUCAAGCUCUUGGUCUUGCUAUACAAACCGACGAAAUUACCCAAAAGCUGGAACUGGACACGGUGCUGGCCACGGACUGUGUUUGGAAAAAUGCACAAAACGACCCACGCGCACAGGUCAGGAAAAUCGACGUUGCUGAAACCACGACCACGCCCACUGCUGCAAGAACUACGUCCUCAACGAAGGGCAAAAGGAAUCCACUGCAGCAAGCAGUGGUCGCUUGUGCAAACCAGUGCGUCCGAAAAGUCCACGAUGGGUUCCACUGCUGGCAGGUCACGACGAUAAACGAAAAUCGCGACAGCACUGACAAGAAAUCGUUCUCCUGCACCCUGCUGCCUCGCUCUGCCUGCGCCGGCGGGCUCGUCAGGAAAGAGGAGGUGGUCAUAGCGGAUCGGGAUCGCAAGUCAUCCGAAGAUUCCGGCACGACAACGUCCGGUGAAAACGCGCCAGCACAGCGAAAAGAUGAUGAUCAUCAUCAACAUCUCCACACCUCACACGAAGACCCGGCAGCACCCGCCUUUAAGGUCGUGAAGUACCCGGGCGGCACCUGGCGGUACAUGCGUAGUGAGGAGGAAACGAAGAAGCUCGACAAGCUCCACAGACUGUGGGACCCGGUCAUGCCGGUCUUAGACUGUCCCCUGACGGCGCUGCAAGCCAGAACAGACUUUGACCUGUUGGACGACGUGGGAGUUGUACUCGAUAAUGUCGCUGUCGCAGGCACCAUUGGUGGCGACCUAGUUGUGUGGCCUUAGUGGUCCUCGUCGAGGACCUCAAAAGGUAGAAAGAAAGCAUGCCUGCCGGGACAAG